GCAUUUGACGUUAUCAUCAAUCAUCAACAUUUCAGGCAGCUCUGCGAAGAACAUAAACACAAACGUGCUUUGAGUGCUAUAUUUUUUCAUAUUUUGUCCUGAUAAAAUUGUAAUAAUACAAUAAUUAUUAUUGUAAUUUAUUGAUUAAAACAAAACGUCGGACAUCCCCAAAUCCAUACUCCAACAAUGCCGUUCAUGAAAGGAAAAGCGCCGGUUCGCCGAUCCAUUCAGUACCUCAGUGCCGGCAGGCUGGCGCUGAAAGAGAAGAUAAAAGUCUUCAGCGUGAACUACAACACCUACGGAGAUCACCACGAAGGAGCGAGGGAUUUCGUGUUUUGGAACAUUCCGCAAAUUCAGUACAAAAAUCCGGAAGUUCAGGUGGUAACAUUCAAGAACAUGACCCCAUCGCCAUUCAUCAAAUGCUAUUACGAGGAUGGAAAACAAAUGCUGAUAGACAUUGACAGCAAAAAUCGAAACGAAAUCAUGCAACAUUUGGUAAAUGUUAUAGGAAAAUCACAAGAUAUCCUCAACGCGGAAGCCAAGCUCGCCCAAAAGCAAGACAAUCCGGCCAAUUUCGGCGUGGGUUGUGCAAAGCACUGCAUCUGUGAAGUGCCCGGCCAGUUGCCUUGUCCUGGAGUGGUUCCCGUGCCCAAACACAUGCGAGGAAAGUACAAAUACCAGAUGAAGGAUCAAUAAAUUUUGAUAGAUAGAAACUUAACGAGGAAGUUCUCUGUCAAUUAUCGACAAGUAUCCAAUUACAA